AAUAAGUUAAAAAUACGAAGAAGAAGAAGAAGUAAAAAAAUACGUGUGUGGAAUUUUAUUUGCAAAGAAAAAUUAUAAAAUUGCUAAAAUUGUAAGAAUGUCGGAACCCAAAAGUGUGAGAGGUGUGUCACGAAUUGUGAAGAAGCUUGAUGGGGCAUUGGAAGCGCAAAAUUACUACGAAGCGCAUCAGAUAUAUCGAUCAAUUUACUAUCGCUACACAGCCCAGAAAAAUUACGAAGAACUUCUAGAGAUGCUCUGGAAGGGUGUCCUGUACUUCAUAGAAUUCAGACAACAGACGAUUGUGGCGGAUCUGACAUCCCUGAUUGUGGAUGUUCUAGAGAAGACUACACCACGAGCUGACCAUGAUGAAUGGAUUAAGAAACUGGGGGAUAUUCUGAGGGAUAUUGGGCCUAUUGUCGAGAGAGAAGCUCUUCUGACUAAAAUCAUCAAAUGGAGUAGCAGUAUAAAUACUGGAGGAAAAUUAGGGCAUCCGAUGAUGCACAAAAUUUUGGGUCAGGUUAUGUGGUUUGAGAAUAAUCUAGAACAAGCAAAACAUCACUUUCUCCUAUCGAAGGAUGGUGAGGAAUUAGCCCAGAUGCUCGUUCAGAUGAGUGUGAGAAAGGCAUAUCGAGGAGAAAUCGACCUAAUUAUUGCCCAAGCCAUCCUCCAACAGCUAUGCCUCAAGGAAGCACCUACAGCCCAGAAAACAUUCAGCACCUAUACUAAACUACAUCCAGAAAUUUCAGCUGAGCAACCUCCAUUUGCACUACCUUUACUCAAUUUCUUGGCCUUCCUUCUCAAAUUGGCCAAAAGCGGUAAACUAGAGAGCUUCAAAAAUCUAUGUGACCUCUACAAACGUUCCACUGACCGUGAUCCAUCCUACGAGAAGUAUCUCCAGAAAAUUGGUAUUCUCUAUUUCGGAGCUCCAGCCCCACCGGCACGAUCCAAUCACGGCCUAUUUGGAGAUCUCGUCAAUCAAUUCUUCCAGGGUCUUGAAGAUGAGCCCUCAUCAUCAACUAACGCCACAUCCGCUGUUAAUGACCUGGACUAAUACGUUUCUCUGAAUAAUGUCUGUAUUUGUUUAGAAUGCAGCAAUGGACAAAUAUAAUUAUAUGAUAAGUCCUAAAACGUUUUAAUAUUAUUCAUGUUAACAUGUUAUCAUUUAACCAUUCUCAAUGGAAAAUUUAAACCAUCAUGAUUUUACAAUUUUAUGACUUUUUAAGUUCCAGAAUCAUUAAAAAUGCUUUAAAAAGCGGA